UCACAUGUUGCUAAGGAAGAAGUUGACCACACCAAAAUGAGUCUGCAUGGUGUUAUUGGAGGGCACGUACGAACAAGAAACAGAUGGGAGUCAAGAGACAAAUCACAAGAUUUAUCUCAUGAGCAAGCAGAGUCUCAGCUUACUCCCUGUAUUCGAAUUGUGACUUCACUAACACAACAGCAAUCUGUUGAACAUGGAAAAGAUAAUAGUCGUCCUCAAAGAACAUCACCAAAUGGCUCCAUGAGCAGUGCUGGGAAUAGCAGCAGAAAUAGUAGUCAGUUGAGCUCAGAUGGUAGCUAUAAGACAUCUAGGGAGAUGGUGUUUGUGCAUGAGAAUGCAAAAGAAGGGGCUCAGAAUGUGAGAAAAUCUGAGCCAGUAACACUGAUAGUGGAUAACACCAGAUUUGUUGUUGACCCAUCCAUUUUUACUGCACAGCCAAAUACAAUGUUGGGCCGCAUGUUUGGAUCUGGCCUUAAACAUGAUUUCACAGUACCCAAUGAGAAGGGAGAAUUUGAAUUGGCAGAAGAAAUUGGUUCUACUGUGUUUCAAGCUAUACUGGAUUACUACAAGAUAGGAAUCAUCCGCUGUCCUGAUGGUGUAUCUAUUCCUGAGCUGAGAGAAGCAUGUGAUUAUUUUUGGAUCUCUUUUGAAUACAGUACAAUUAAAUGUAGAGAUCUCUGUGUCAUUAUGCAUGAGUUAUCAAAUGAUGGCGCUCGUAGACAAUUUGAAUUUUAUCUGGAAGAAAUGAUCCUUGCUCUCAUGGUAACAAGCACCCAGAGUGGGGAACGAGAGUGCCAUAUAGUGGUGCUUACAGAUGAUGAUGUAGUUGACUGGGACAAGGAGUAUCCACCACAGAUGGGAGAGGAAUAUUCACAAAUUAUUUAUAUCACAAAAUUAUAUAGAUUUUUCAAGUACAUUGAAAACAGAGAUGUGGCCAAAUCAGUUUUGAAGGAGAGGGGUCUUAAGAAGAUUAGACUGGGAAUAGAAGGCUAUCCAACCUACAAAGAAAAAGUAAAGAAAAGGCCAGGAGGCCGCCCAGAAGUCAUUUACAACUAUGUCCAAAGACCCUUUAUUCAAAUAUCCUGGGAGAAGAAGGAAGGAAAGAAUCGGUAUGUCGAUUUUCAGUGUGUAAAGAGUAAAUCUAUCAAAAACCUCGCAGCAGCUGCCGCAGACAUUCCCCAGGACCAGGACCAGCUGGUAGUCAUGUGCCCUACUCCACAGGUGGAGCUGGAUAUUCUCCCCAGCCACCCUGCAUUGGGCAGUAAUGACCUCAAUGCUGAUGCACAGAAUCCAUUGCUGUUAUGCUGA